GAGCGCCCAGGCGCAGCCCGGCAGCAGGGCGCGGCGGCGGGCGCGGGCUCCCCCGUUCUCCUCCCCCAGCGGCCGGUGCGAGGAUGUCCCGGAGACCCCGGCACAGUAUAUAUAGUAGUGAUGAUGAUGAAGAAGAUGUUGAGAUGUAUGAUCACGAUUAUGAUGGUCUGCUCCCUAAGACUGGAAAACGUCACUUAGGAAAAACCAGGUGGACCCGCGAAGAGGAUGAGAAAUUGAAGAAACUUGUGGAGCAGAAUGGCACAGAAGACUGGAAAGUCAUUGCUAAUUUCCUUCCUAAUCGGACAGAUGUGCAGUGCCAGCACCGAUGGCAGAAGGUACUAAACCCAGAACUUAUUAAAGGUCCGUGGACUAAAGAGGAGGAUCAAAGGGUAAUAGAGCUCGUGCAGAAAUACGGUCCAAAGCGCUGGUCUGUCAUUGCUAAGCAUUUGAAGGGAAGGAUUGGAAAACAGUGCAGGGAGAGGUGGCACAACCAUUUGAACCCAGAAGUGAAGAAAACAUCCUGGACAGAAGAGGAAGAUAGAAUUAUUUACCAGGCACACAAGAGGCUGGGAAACAGAUGGGCAGAGAUUGCAAAGUUGCUGCCUGGACGAACUGAUAAUGCUAUCAAGAACCACUGGAAUUCCACCAUGCGCCGAAAGGUUGAGCAGGAAGGCUACCUGCAGGAAUCCUCCAAAGCCUGUCACUCCUCAGCAGCUGCUGGCUUUCAGAAGAGCAACCACUUGAUGGCCUUUGCUCACAACCCGUCGCCAUCUGCCCAGCUGCCAGUAACUGGCCAGCCCCCGCUGAGCAGCGACUACCCCUACUACCACAUCUCUGAGCCACAAAACGUUCCUGGUCAGAUCCCAUAUCCAGUAGCACUGCAUGUAAAUAUCGUCAAUGUUCCUCAGCCAGCUGCUGCAGCUAUCCAGAGACACUAUAAUGAUGAAGACCCUGAGAAAGAAAAACGAAUAAAGGAAUUAGAGUUGCUACUAAUGUCGACUGAGAAUGAACUGAAAGGGCAGCAGGCAUUACCAACACAGAACCACACAUCAAACUACACUGGCUGGCACAGCACCACAAUUGCUGACAGUACCAGGACCAGUGGUGACAGUGCACCUGUUUCCUGUUUGGGGGAACAUCACCACUGUACUCCAUCUCCACCAGUGGAUCACGGUUGCUUACCUGAGGAAAGUGCAUCCCCUGCACGGUGCAUGAUUGUUCACCAGAGCAACAUCCUGGAUAAUGUUAAGAAUCUCUUAGAAUUUGCAGAAACACUCCAGUUAAUAGACUCCGGCAGUGCGGCUCCGUGGGUCCUUCUUCGCAAAAGGAGAGGGCACUCCAGCCCCUUAGCCAGUGGCCACGGUAGCACCUUGGUCCUAGCUGACGUCAGCAGCUCAACUCCUACUAAGCGCUCCCCUGUCAAAAGCCUGCCCUUCUCUCCCUCGCAGUUCUUAAACACCUCAUCCAAUCACGAAAACUUGAACCUGGACAACCCUGCACUUACUUCCACACCAGUAUGUGGCCAUAAGAUGGCAGGUACCACCCCGUUCCACAGGGACCAAACUUUCAAAGCUCAGAAGGAAAACCAUAUUUUCAGAACUCCAGCAAUCAAGAGGUCGAUAUUAGAAAGCUCUCCAAGAACACCCACUCCAUUCAAAAACGCACUUGCAGCUCAGGAAAUCAAAUACGGUCCUUUGAAGAUGCUGCCUCAAACUCCGACUCAUCUUGUAGAAGAUCUGCAGGAUGUUAUCAAGCAGGAGUCGGAGGAAUCUGCAAUAGUGGCUGGGCUACAUGAAAGUGGACCCCCUUUGCUGAAGAAAAUCAAACAAGAGGUGGAGUCUCCAACAGAUAAAGCUGGAAAUUUUUUUUGCUCAAAUCACUGGGAAGGAGAAAACUUGAACACUCAGCUCUUUACACCUGGGUCUGCUAUGGAAGAUGUGCCAAAUCUUCUUACCAGCUCCAUUUUAAAGAUGCCUGUGUCUGAAGAGGAUGGUAGUUUUCACAAAACAGUUGCAGUACCUAGAAACAGGCCACUAGCUAGUCCUCUGCAGCAUCUGAACAACGCCUGGGAGUCAGCAUCCUGUGGGAAAAUCGAAGAUCAGAUGGCUCUGACAGAUCAGGCACGCAAGUACAUGGCCACCUUCCCCACUCGGACUCUAGUGAUGUGACAGGGUUGACGAAUAGAGAAGCAUUAUGGUUUUGAGAACACUUCACCUCUGCUGGGAAAUUCCUGUUCCUCUGCAUGAAAACUUUCAUGAAUGGGAGAAGAGCCGAUCUUUGUUGUGGUACAACAGUUGGGAGCAGCACAAAGUGCAUUUACUCACUCAGCAUAUAUAUUCUUGUUGGAUUUCACCCAACUUAAGAGUUGUUUUUUUUUAAUGAUACUUGCCUAAAUUAUUAGGUAUUGAGUUUGAAUCAGUAAUUAAUGAUCUUAAGUGCAGACUUAAAAUAAAGACAAUUUUUCUUGUACUUUUUGAGAUCAAGCAGACUUAAUACACCAGUAUUGUUAUUUCAGUGAUGUGCUAGCCAAGGGGUGGGGUUUUGUUUCUUUUUUUAUUUUUCUUUAAUAAUAAAAGAGCAGGUACUCAAACAGAUAUAUUUUAAAUCACUGAAGAAAAUGCAUUGGUGUGAAAUACCGAAGUGAAAAGCAUUACUAUAAACGCUUGUCUGUGCAAAAGGGGAAAACUGAUUAAGAUCAUGAAUACUCAGAUAUCCAUGCCUCUUGAAAUACUCUUUUCUGUUUUGGUUCUAGACCAAUAUACAUUGUGUGUUUCUGUUGGGGGGGUGGGUAAUUAGCUUGCUUUAAAAAAUAUUACUGUAUGAAACAUAGAUUUAUGAGAAAAAAUAUAUUUUUAUUCAGUAAUUUAAUUUUGUAAAUGCCAAAUGAAUACUGUGUUUUGCUGCUACAGACCAUAGCGUGUAGAAAUGCUGCUAGUGUAAAAGGAGCAGUAGAGCUUUAUGGAAAGAAAACAAAUGUUGAUGUUAGCUAAUUGACUAUGCACUAGCAUUCCAGACCUUUUUGUUUUAAUUUUUUUUACAUCAUCAUUUAUAUUUUUUCCCCUUUUUUUAUAAGCAAUAUUUUUGAACACUGUUCCUGGGAGAUUUUUUCUUUGUCUGGAUGUGUUGUUUUGUUUCUCAUUGGUUUGUAACAGCAUGCAUUGCACCUUCAUAUGUUUGGGAGAACACUGUCUUGUUCAUGUUGUCUCUUUUGUUCCAUGUCUAGCUAGUUGUUCCCUAACUUGGGUCUUGUGUACUGAAUCAGGUUCUUAGAAAUUCAUGGUUCUUUGUGCUGCCCUAUCAACUCUUUAUUGAUAUGGCAAGACACUGAUUUGAUUUUAUUUUUUUAUCGUUUUGGUUUUUUAUAACAGCCUAUGAAUUUGCUGCCUUAAUAGCACUUGGUGCAGCUUCAUCUGCACCUAAUUUUUUAUACAACAAUGUACUGCCUUGUAGAUAAAUAAAGUGUGUUCUUUUUUACUUAAAC